AUGGACGACGAAAUAAUAGACGUGAUCACCGAAUGUAAUUUCGAUUAUUUGGAAUCCUUGUACGAACCGUGGAACAAGAUCAACUCGACGUCAUAUAACCCAAUUAGUCCUCAAUGGUUGAUUCAACUGGCAGACGAUUGGAACUCUGAACAUAGCGUACGCAAGGAUGAUUCAAGGAAAUUGAAAAAACGUCUGUCAGAAGAUGUUUGCGAUGAGUCCAAAUACCGGGAAAUUCUCAAUAAAUACAAAGAGAAUGAUGUAUUUGUACUACCAAACGGCGAAGAAAUAGUUAGGGUUCGUAAUGAUUCCAGCUCUGAUUCGGAAAUCGAUAUUAUGGAUGGAGAGACCAAUACUAAUAAUGUUGAGGAUUGGCAGUCAGUUAUAUCACAUGGUUUCACACGAGAUAUAGAACACAUACCAGCACCCACUCAAGAAAGACAUCUAGAAAGUAAUAUUAUUACUGCAGAUGAAAGAUAUUAUCAUCCAAACUUAUUUGGAAAAAAAAAUGAUAAAAAAUAUUUAAAAAUAAGAAAUACUAUAUUAGAUUUAUGGAAAGCAAAUAAGCCAUGUUAUGUAUCAAAAACAUAUGCUAAACAAAAAAUGAAAAAGUGUGGUACAGCAAAAGAAAUUGGACAGGUACAUUCAUAUCUUGAACAUAGAGGAUAUAUUAAUUUUGGAUGUGAUGAAUGUAAAUAUCAUAAAAAUAUUAAAAAAGAAUUAGCUAAAGCCAGAAUAUUGAAAACUCAAUAUAAUUUAAAACCACCUCUUCUUCAUGGAAAAAAUAAAUCUUUUAAAAAAAUAAAGGCGAUGGGUGGUUACACAAUAUGCCAUGAUAAAACUUCAUCUCAAUGGGAGCAUAACUAUUCAGUCCCCAAACAAAACAAACGUUAA